AUGGCUUCAAUGAUGACGAACAGAUUUCAACCGGCAAUGUUUGGACCAGAAAUGUUGGGCUUUGGGAUGGAGUGGAUGAAUAAUGAAGUAUCCACGGGGACAACAAUCAUGGCCACCGAAUACGAUGGAGGCGUCGUCGUCGGUGCUGAUUCCAGGACAACAACAGGGAGCUAUAUCGCCAAUCGAGUCACGGACAAGUUGACAAAGGUCACAGACUACAUCUACUGCUGCCGAUCUGGAUCAGCCGCGGACACGCAGGCUGUCGCUGACCUGGUCAAAUACCAGAUUGACUUUCACAGGAUGGAGAUGGGCAAGGAGCCGCUGGUGAAGACGGUGGCCAACAUCUUCAAACAGUUGUGCUACGACUACAGGGACCAGAUCACCGCAGGCAUCAUUGUGGCUGGAUGGGACAGUCGGGACGGGGGACAGGUGUAUUCAGUUCCCAUCAGCGGGAUGCUCCAGAAGAUGCCCUUCACCAUCGGGGGCUCCGGCAGCACAUAUCUGUACGGAUAUGUGGACGCCAAUUUUAAAGCUGGAAUGACCAAGGAACAGAGCCUGCAGUUUGUGGCCAAUUCUGUGUCCCUGGCCAUGAACCGUGACGGAUCCAGCGGUGGAAUCAUCCGUCUGGCCUCAAUAUCCAAGGAUGGAGUGGAGCGGCAUGUACUCACCGGAGAUAAAGUGCCUCAAUUUUACGAGGAUUAUUAA